AUGUCGGCGUCACAGAUGCUUCUCGCGCGGGUAGAGAUCCGGCGCUUGUCUUUUGUAGCAAACGGGUCGGAGGAGGGGGCGGGGGACGGUGCCGUGGAGUGUUGCGUCUCGCUUGGCGCCCCGCCUGGCGUAGAGCUGCGCCGCCGCCGCCCGCCGCCGCAAGAGACGCACGCGGAGGCGGCCAGAGGGCUGCGGCUGCGCUGCGCCGCGAACGUUGAUCUGCAGGGAGUCUUCUUCGAGGUGCGGCAAACGUCAGACGCGCCGGCCGAUUCGGACGUCGAAGACGUGCGGCUGCAGUGUGGCCUGUGGUGCCGGACGAGGCGGUGCGACCAGAGCGGGGCGACAAGCGACUCCUCGUUGUCCAAGUUCUCCUCACUUCCUUGCACCGACGCGUCUGAGGAGGAGGAAGCGUCCUCCUCGUCGUCGUCGUCGUCGUCGGGGUCGCGUUGGCAGCUGUUCGCCGAGGGCGGCGUGCGAGCCACGCAGUACGGCCUGCAGGCGGUAGAGUUGGAGGUGGACGCUGCCGCAGAAUCGCCUUGCGGGUCUUUGGCGUCCGUCUUGUUUUUUGUCGCGCCGCGGCUGCACUGCACCGUGGCGGCGGAGGACGACGGACCACCACCGCGGGCGCGUUUAGAGGCGCACGAGAUCUGCGAUCCCACGCCGCUCCGGGCCGCCGCCGCCGCCGCCGCCGUUGCCGCCGAGGAGGAAAACGCGGGGGGCUCGGAGGGCUCUGUUGGCGGUGGGGCCGCGGCGACCGAAGCGGCGUCGUCUACCUCCUCCGCGAGGGGCGGGGAGGCGGGCGAGCCGGAGGCCACGCAGGAGCGAGAGGCCCCCGCGGUGGUCUCUGCGUCGCCAUCCGCUCCGGCUGAGAGCGCCGUGGUGCGGUGGGCGUUGUUUGUCGACAUGGCGUCUUGGAACUGGUGCCUGCCCGCCGCCGAAAAGGACGUGGAGUGCCCCUCGCCCGGGGAAGCCGGGGAGGACGCCUGCACGGCAGCCGAGCGGCUCUGGCGGCUGACUCUUUGCACGGCGGAUGGACGCGUCUUGGCCCGCGGCUCCUCCUUUUGCGGCUCGGUCUGCUGUCGUCAGGGCUGGUCUGACCUCAUUGUGGCCGUCGGCGACGACAUCGCGGCGGCCACCGUUGUGUCCCUGCAGCUUCAGUCACUGCUCCCCGUCGCGCUUGGCGCGGACGCCGGUGACAAUAAGGAAGUUGCGUUUCCUCCGCAGGACAAUGCGCCGGCGCCCGGCUGCCCACUGCGGUGGGUGCCGGUGGCAACCUCGGCGCUGCUGCCGAUUGCGGAGCUGCUGGUGUGCUCCGCAGACGCCCGCAUGUGCCCGGUCUCGCUGUACGCGGCGGCGGCGGCGGCCGACGGGUCCGUUGCCGCCCCGUGCUCCUUCCCUUUUCAGGCGGGUCAAGUGGUGCAGGCGCAGGCGACGCUCAGCUGCGUGUCUGCCGCAGUGGGCGCGUCUGACGCGGCGGGGUGGAUGCGGGCGCCGCAGCGCGUCGCCGCAGAAUGCCAUGGGGAGACGUUGCGCCUGGCGCGUGGCAGCCGCCCCCCGCAGCGUCCCGCCGCUGUGUAUUCUCUCGCACUGCACGUCUGCUUUGCGGUAUCGCAACGACUCUGCUGCCAAGUCGACGCGGGUGCGGCGUAUCCGUGUGUGGCGCUUGCGAUUAGCGGAGGGUGUGAGACACUGCUCGAGGCGGCGCACGAAGACGACGACGCGGGCCGCGUGGAGCUCCGGCGGGCUCCUGUGAUGCGGUUUGACGCGCGGGUGCAAACCACGCUUGACGAGGCACACCCGGUGCUGCUGCUGACGUUGCACAGUCCAGUCGCACCGGAAGUCGUGUUUGGGCGGGCGGUGCUCUCCGUGUUUGAAUUGCCGCCCGCCUCCGCCGGGCGUCUCUGGAUUCCGCUCCGAGUCGACAGGGAGGCCGACCGCGAGAGCGCCACCGCCGCCGCCGCCGACGACGACGACUGCGACGAGCGGAACUGUGCGGGGUGGCUGCACUGCGGCUACGCGUGCAUCCUCCGCCCUGACGAGCACGCGACGUCGGCGGUGUCGCUGGCGAAUCAAGAGCUACUCCAGCAGCCGACGCCACUGCCCGCGCCGUCCUCCGUGCCAAAGUAUUUGACCUCUCCGUCCCUCACCAAGCCACUCCGGUGGAACUGUUUGCGGCUCUGCAUUGUUGCGGCGGCGGAUUUUCGUGGGGCGCUGACGCGCUCCGGUAGGUGGGAGCAAACUGGGGGCGUGUACGCCGAGGCAAACGUGCUUCCGCCGCCCCGUGCUGUGGGCCGCACGGACAGUUCCACGCUGGCUGCCGCCUUUACAACCCCUGUCCUCGCCUCCAGCCACCCCCACUGGGUCUGCAGCAGCAGCCUGGCCAUUGCUGCAGGCACGACGCAUCUUCUGAUUCGGCUCUUUGACGACAUGGGCGACAGCGGCGGUCAAACGAGUGAGGACACCGAAUGCCUGGGGGUACUCGACAUCCCGCGCUUCGCCGCCUCACGCUUCUGGACGACGCCCGCAGGGGAAGCAUGGCUGCCGAUCGUGUCGCCGAUGCAGGGGGCCUUGGACUGCUAUCACGGCGCGGUGCUCUUGCGCUGGGCAUUUAGUGGCCGGGACUAUCCGUCUUGGGCGGCGCUGCGUGGCAUCGGGGCCGAGCCUCGCCCGCAUUGGUCUCCUUCCGCGCUGCUCCAGCCACACGGCAUGUGCUGGGUGCAGCUAGGCUGCAUAGAAUUGCUCUGGACGUGGCUGCUGCACUGCAGUGCGUGGAGGGCGUCCGCCGCUUCGGUGUCGCUGCGACGUCCAAGCUUCUUUUUGCGGCUGUGGGCGGGUCAUUUCGCGCACGAAUUGCCCUUGGAGCCCUCCUGCGAGGGAGACUGCUGCGUCGCCGUGCAUACGACGGUGUGUCUCCCGCUCAGCGACCAUUUGGAGGCGGCUCUGUGCUGCUCCCACGACCCCCGUUACUCGCCCGCCGCCUCUCUGUCGUCGUCUCUGCCCUUUUUAUCCACGGAGGAGACCUCCAACGCCGUCGUCGUGCUUGGAGGAGGGGAGCUGCUGCUCUCGGCUGAGGCGAGGGCAGACAUUGCCGCCUCCCAGCAGCUGCGCCGGGCGGUGAUACGGAUUGAGCCCCGUUCCACGUACCCGCCUUGCGCUGCACAAGCGGGCCUGCUGACGCUGCAGCUGCAACAUGCUCGCAUCGCACAAGAGGAGGCGGCGGACGCCCACCAGCGCCCACAGUCGCCACGGUGGACGUGGCCGCCUCCGCCUCUCUCCACAGUCGUGGAGCUGCGUCUAGGGGGCGUGGUCGUGAUGAAUACCCAAGCGCCACUUGUCCUCUCAGACCGCACGCUCUCGCCGCCGCCGCGCUGGGUUGUUGGCGUCCGCGAGAAGUCGGGGAGGUCGGGGAGUUCAGGAUUGCACGGCGCGGCAGGAGCCUCGCUUGAUUACAUUAUACACCCUCCGGUGACCUUGAAUGCCACCGCCGCCGCCGCCGCCGCCGACAAGUCCGCACGUGUUGGCGGGGGCUCACUGUAUCUUCAUUGGCCCGCCUCACCGUUUGACAAUGGUCUGCAUCUGCGCCCCCCGCCACCGACAGUUGAGCUCCUGCUCUCAAGAGAAGUUGCGACGACGCCGCAGGCGGGAGCCGCGGCGGCAACGACCGAGUUUGUUGGGUCCGUCACACUCGACUUGUCGCACUGUUUCGAGGGGGCAAGUGGCACGCAGUUGUACGCCCUCCGCCACCCGCCCGUCCCGCAGGACACGGCAGGGGGUGGGGGACGCUUGAUUGGGUUUGCGGAGCUGCACUUUGCCCACAACUUUGUUCAGGACGACGUGUGCGUGGGGGAGAAGGCCGCCGUGGCGCCAGCGAAGGCGGUGGGGGGUGAGGGCUUCUUCUUCAUGGAGGUGGUGAAGGCCCACUACCGGCAGCGGGCGCGACUUCUGGACUCCACGCAACCCCGAGAUGCGGGAGAGCCACUGACGUCACUUGUCGUGGACGUUGAAGGGACGACGUGGCGCACGAAACCCCAAAAGGGCAUGGCACCGUGUUUUGACUGCCAGAUGGCGUUUGAGCUUCCGCAGCCGCCCAAGCUUGAGACAGGCAAAAGGCCCUGA